AUUUAAUGAUGAUAACGACAGCACCCUAAAAUAUUACUAGUUCAAUAUAAGAUAAAUUAAUGGAGGAACGCAAGAGAUGUAUGUAAUUUGAAUUGGAUUUUUAGUGAUAACAUCAUUUGAGUAAAAAUUUUUAGGAGAAGAAUAAGCAAGGUAAGCUUAAUAUGCUGAUCAAGCAACUUAUAAUGGUUAAAUGAAUGAGAAAUAAAAUAAAUAAGGAGUAGGAAAAUACUUAUUUCCUAAUGGAGAUGUGUAAUAAAACUAAUGAUUGUUUUUAGGUAUAUAGGAUAGUGGUCUAACGAUCUUUUCAACGGAGAAGGCGUUUAUCUUUUUAAUAAUGGGGAGAGAUAUGAAGGUCAUUUGUUGAAUGGUAAAAAGCAUGGAGUAGGAAUCUAUUAUUAUGCAAAUGGUAAUAUAUAUAAUGGAGAAUGGAUUAACGAUUUGAAACAUGGAAAAGGAAAAUAUUAAUAUUAUUUAUAAGGAGAAACAUAUGAUGGUGAAUGGUAAUAUGGAGAGAGACAUGGAAGAGGAGUUUAUAUCUAUUCAUUAGGAGAUAGAUAUGAUGGUCUUUGGGAAAGAGGACUUAAAUGGGGUAGAGGAAUAGUAGAAUUUGCAUCUGGAGCAAGAUAUGAGGGUUAAUUUAGUAGUGAUAAAGCUACAGGAUAAGGAACUAUGAUAUAUGUGAAUAAUGAUAAAUAUGAAGGAUAAUGGAAUGAUGGAUUAAAACAUGGGUAUGGAAUUUAUACUAUGGCUGAUGGAUCUAGAUAUGAAGGAAAUUGGAUGAAUGAUGAAAGAGAAGGAUAAGGACUAUUUCUAUAUGCAUCAGGAGAUAAAUAUGAAGGCAUCUAUGGUAAAAAUGUUAAAAAUGGAUUUGGUAUAUAUAUUGCUUCUAAUGGUGAUCGAUAUGAAGGAGAAUGGGCUAAUGAUAAAAGAUAAGGAAAUGGUACUCUCUAUAUGGCGAAUGGAGAUAAAUAUAUUGGAGAAUGGAAAGAUGGAGAAAAGUCUGGAAAAGGAAUUUAUUAUUUUGCUCAUGGAGAUACUUAUGAUGGUUAUUUCUUAUUAUAUUUUUAGGCUAUUGGCUUGGUGGUAUGAGGCAUGGUUAUGGUAAAUAUUCUUGGAGCAUUGGAGAUUAUUAUGAAGGAGAAUGGAAAUUUGAUAAAAUGAAUGGUAAAGGGAAGUUUAAAGGAGCUGAUGGUUCAGAAUAUAUUGGUGAAUUUUCAAAUGACAAUAAAGUUAAUUGA